UUUAUCAGAAGGUGCAACUGAUAUAAUUUCUCAAUUCAUAAAUAGGUUUUUCCCAUCAAACAUUCCAAACAAACCAAUUCCUAAUUUCAAAAAAAUUAAAAGAAAACUAUCUGUGUUAGGAAUGAGCCAUCAAUCCAUUGAUUGUUGUCCGAAAGGGUGCAUGAUAUAUUGGAGAGCAAAUAGUGAGCUACUGGAGUGUACAUUUUGCUCUACUCCAAGGUAUGACAUUAGCAAGCAGACAAAUAAGUGUAUUCCUCUUGCAAAAAUGGAGUACUUUCCUCUUACUCCUAGAUUGCAACGACUUUAUGCUUCAGCUACUACAGCGGAUGAUAUGAGGUGGCAUAAAAAUCACCACAGGGAGGAAGGAGUAAUGCGUCACCCAUCAGAUGCAAAGGCUUGGAUUCAUGUUUACAAUCUUUAUCCAGAAUUUGCUGAAGAUCCGAGAAAUGUUAGACUUGGUCUAUGCACAGACGGGUUUCAGCCUUUCGGUCAAUUUGGACAAAAAUACUCAUGUUGGCCUGUAAUCGUGAGACCGUAUAAUUUGCCUCCAGGUAUGUGUAUGAAACAACAAUUCUUAUUUUUAACUAUAUUAGUUCCAGGACCAAGGAAUCAUGCGAACGGAAUUGAUGUGUACCU